UUUAAACCCCCUUCAUCCGAUUUCGUACUUACUUACCAACAGCCCUAACCCGAUGCACUGUGAACAUAGAGGACCGUCAUUCAGACCUCGCUAAUUCGAGUACAUUUCGUCUGUAUAUGUCGGGUAGAAUUCUAACCGAUCGCCUAGUACUUAGACGGGGGACACUAUAAUCCCCGCGAAUCAUCACCCAAAUCUAGCCGAUUCCGGGGGACGAGAAUUUCGCAUUAAAUUUUGAGACUUGGAUUCUGGUUGUCACUAGCUUUUACCCCUGAUGACGUCACUUAUAUCGUACUUAACAGAUUCGGUGAACAUUUAGUGUAUAAAUAUCGGAUGACAUUCCGAUAUGUUGUUUGAUUAGGUUACAAGAUCUAGAGAUUUGUGAUCCCAAGUCAAUUUACAGCAUUAUCGUGUAUCCUUUCAUCCCAGGGAUCAUAAGAUAAAGUCGAUAAUCUGAUCAGACGGACCCGAUACCAUUUCAUCAAUCGGAAGUUCGUUCUGGUUUUCUGUGACUCGUGAAUGGACUUUUACCUGUGUGUGAAAUCUUAUAUUUAAGGAAGGAAAUUUCUAAAAGUACAUGCAGUGUCUCGGGUCAACGUGAAAUUCCCGGUGGCAAGAAGUAUAAGAAAAUUCUGUAGAUUAGUCAGACCGAGAAAUUUCUGACAUCAUGUCGACCUAUAAUUGUUCCGAUCCAAGUUCAGUUUCAAACGGUUACUAUGUGGUAGACAAGACGUACUAUGAGAAUGGUGACCAGGUGUACUUUAUAUGUUAUUCGGACUACAGUCUGAACGGAAACCCGACAUUGACGUGUGAUGGGGCGACCGGAAAUUGGUCGGGGACUUAUCCUAUAUGCUCGUCCACCACCACCACCACCACCACAACCGCGGCUCCGGAUUACGAGGAGUGGCUGUACGUCGGGAUCGGAGUGAUUUCAUUCGUUGGUUUUCUACUCCUGCUCCUCGUUCUUCUGCUAUUUUUGAAAUACUGCAUACAUCUCUGCAGAAAACGGUCACGGGUGAGUGCACUUCACGGAAUUGAUGAACAGGUCGAGGUCGGUUGUUGCUACGUCUGUUGCAUUAGAUGUUGCAUCAAGUGCUGGACAUGUUGUCAAGAGAGAAGUGACGUCAUAAAAGUGAAAGAGGCAACACCAAAGGAAGCAAAAAAAGUUCCCAAACACAACUACACCACGUCUACUGCCAAUUCUGUGUCCAUGAUAUCCGAAGACACGAUGGAAACAACGCCCUCCUUAAUCAGAAAGGAAGUGAAACCGGCCAGAGAAUUAAACUCGUGGAUGCCCCACACCCACGGGGUGCGAAAUAUCAACACUAGCACCAAAUAAGGAAUAUCAACACCAGUACUUAAUAUUCAUAUUCACAAGUCAAGGGUUAUUGAUUCGUUACCUCACACUAAUCCUUGACAUCAGUCAACAUUCAAAACGGGGCAUAUGAUUGGUUUGCAGCGGGUAGGUAGAGCCAAUCAGUCAACAGCUUUUAUAGUCGGUCGAAAACGAAACUAAACGCGCAUGGUGCGGCAUCGGCAGUGUGGUACAGAAUUUGUGACUAUCGAUUGAUUUUCGGAAAUUUAUUUUUUUUAAAGAAACAAUUAGGCGAAGUUUUAGAAUACGAGACGCAUAAAAACGAUGGAUUGUCCCAAGUAUGUUUGUCAAUUGUGUUUCAACAAAUUGAACAAUUUAUUUAAAAUUGAAAUAGAUUGAUAAAUAGUUACAACAUUUAAGGGACGAAAAUGUGAAUUAUUAAUUACGCUACAUAUAAAAUCGACACGCAAUGUUCAUGAUGUUGAAAAACAAACCUACCCCAUGAAGACCAUUGUUUACUUUCUGUAUUUCAUCUUACCAAACUUGCAUCUAAAACAAUGAAUCUCAUUGGAUGAUUUAAUUUUAGCUUAUUGCGUCAUCCUCUAUCCCAAACCCAAGUUUUGAAUGGUGACUAAUGUGAAAGGUUAGUGCGAGUUUGACUUGUGAACAUGUACUUAAUCAAGAAAUAAAUUUCAUUUCUGAAAAACACGAGAGCAUGAACGCCGCUGCGUUUUGUCAGCAUGAUUCGCGCUUCAAUCAUGAAAGUAUGUUGGCGUGAAGUGUUACAAUGAAUGCCCUUAUCAAUCGUAACUACUCGGCUAUUACCGUAACCACAAAUUAACAUCUUAUGUGGAUCGACACCAUCAGUGUCUGUUGCCAUGUGUACACAAAUGUAGCUAUGACGUCGCAGUCGUACGUUACAAUAUGAAACUCGAGCUUUCAGAUGCAUGCAUCUAAGAUAUCAUAUAUAUCGAAGGUAUUCUACCACUAUCAUUUUCAGCUUACAUGUUUAUGUAUUAGAGUGAAUAAGACGUUAAUGAUACAAAAACUGAAUCUGUGCUGAAAAUAUGAAUAACACAUUAUACAGGGAUUCGGUUCUGGCCUGUUAACUUCAUCCACAGGCGCGCUUCCGGCGAAGAAAUGCAUCGAUUUCCGAGUAUUCUUAAAGGUUACGGAAAAGGACGAGCACGUGAUCAUAUUGUGCCCUCAUGUAUUUAAAAUAGGUCAUUUAUCUUUUAUAUUUACUUUCAUUUCUAUAGUAAUAUUCCCAGCCGUUAAAAUAGUCGUUCUAUAUUUAUCAAGAUUCAUACGCACAUUGUUCACUUUCAUGAGGAAAUGGCUAUCAUUUCAAUUGGUGAAAACAUCGGCAAUGUGAAUAUAAAGGAAUAUGAACACCGGUAUCAAAGCAUGGAUGACGAAAUAUCUCCCAAAAAAUGUCAUUCUCUUUUGCCUUAGAUUUAUGCCAAUCGUUGAUAUUUGUAUAUAAUUCACUUCCUCUGAGAUAACCAUACACAUCCCAGAUUGACUUUGCGGAAGUAGUAUGAAAGAAGCGAUGACAUCAGCAUGCUCCUGGUGCCAAACUUGUCUUCAUGUGCUUAUUCAUUACACGUAUUAUUUGUAGUAAUUUAUUCAAGGGCGUUAUUGUUAUUAAAUAUAUAUGCUUAC